GAAGGAGUAAAACAAUUUUGAAAAGAAACACUGCAGCCUAAGAAUAUUAUUGAUUUGAGGGUGAGUUUCGGAUUUCAAAGAUUUUGACUCCGGCACAAAUUGGAUUAUUUAUUCAGACCAGUGCAUAAGGUAGAAUGCCUUCAAACAACAGAGGUGAGAGGUCUCAAUUUAAACCUGCUUUUUGGAAGAAACAAGAAAGAAAUGGAAGAGGAAAACACUGUAAAGUGCAUAGAGAAAAACUCUCACUUUUCUGUCAAGAUGACAAGCAGCUUCUGUGUUUGGAGUGUCGAAACUCUAACCAACAUAAGUAUCACAACUUCAGUCCCAUAAUGGACAAAGCUGUUGAAUGCAAGUUUGGAAAGGGAGUGCAUUACUGUCAUCUGCUGGACUGAGUUGUAUUGGCAAGUGUACCCUGUAGCCUCGUUCUGGCUUACAAUGGCUGUCGGGUGAAUAAGGAAAAGCUUUCUGAAAAGAUUACACCUUUACAAAAGAUGCUGAAGGCUUAUGAAGAGGUCAGGCUCAACUGUAAAAACAACACAUCACAAAUAAAAAGGCAGGUACAGCACAUACAGAAGAAGAUUAAGGAGGAGUUUCAGAAACUUCACCAGUAUCUACGAGAUGAAGAGACAGCCAGGAUGGCUGCACUGAAGGAGGAAGAGGAGCAGAAGAGUCAGAUGAUGAGGGAGAAGAUUGAGAUGAUGAGCAGAGAAAUCUCAUCUCUUUCAAAAACAAUCAAUGCCAUUGAAGACGGGAUGGAGGUUAAUGACAUUACUUUCCUUGAUAAUUACAAGAGCAUAGUGGAAAGAGCCCAGUGCACACUGCAGGAUCCAGAAAGUGUUUCAGGAGCUCUGAUUGAUGUGGCAAAGCACCUGGGCAACCUGAAGUUCAGAGUCUGGGAGAAGAUGCAGGACAUUGUUCUAUAUACUCCUGUGAUUCUGGAUCCAAACACUGCAAACCCAAAUCUCAUCUUGUCUGAGGAUCUGACCAGUGUUAUAAAUACUGAAAACUGUGAGAAACUUCCUGAUAACCCAGAGAGAUUUGAUACGUUGUCCAGUGUCCUGGGCUCUGAGGGCUUUAACUCAGGGACACACUGCUGGGAUGUGGAGGUUGGGGACAGUACAUACUGGCGAGUGGGUGUGAUUACAGAGUCUGCUCAGAGGAAAGGCUGGAUUGCGCUCAGCCCAGGAGGCUGGGGUGUUUAUCGUUUUAAUAGUACAUAUGCAGCAUUCUCUGCAUCCAAAUCACGGAAUCACCUGACAGUGAAGCCGAACCCCCAGAAGGUCAGAGUGCAACUGGACUGGGACAGAGGAAAACUCUCAUUCUCUGACCCUGAUAAUAACACCCACAUACACACUUUCACACACGCUUUCACUGAAACUGUCUUUCCCUACUUCAUGACCGAGUCCACUGUGUCAUCUCUGAGAAUUCUGCCAAUGACGCCUGCAGUAACAGUAUGAUCUCUCAUAUAGAGUUCAGACAAACAAUAUGAGGAGACAUACUGUAUAGCUAGAAAUCAGAUGUGGAAUACCUGUGCACUCACAGCUACAUUAAUUGAAGAAUAGCAAAGUAUAAUUUGCAAUUAAAGUACAUUUAUUGUUUGACUUUGAUUCAGUCUCUUAAUCUGUCAGAACAUCUCACAAUAUCAAUUCAAUGAAAAAAAAGUUUUUGUUGCAGCAUGCAGUCUACAGUAGGUAGGUAACCAAGACAACCAUGUUUAAAUUUGUUCCUCAGGUUGGUCUGAUGUUUCUUCCAUUGAAUCCGAUUUCCGGAUCACACAAAAAACAACAGGAACCAAUCUUAAUAAUCAGAACAAAAACAACAGGAGUCCCCCAGCUUUCUGCUUGGACCCCUAAAGACAGAAAUAGCUUGGCUUUGUCCCACAAAAUAUGGCUUCCAAGUCCUUUUCUGAGGAUGAUUUCUCCUGUCCUGUGUGCUGUGAAGUAUUCAAUGAUCCAGUAAUUCUGAACUGC